AUGUCGCAUCAAGGGGAGGAGGAGGCGAAGGCUGUAGACCAGAUCCAGCGCUAUGUCAGCCCAAUCUCAGCGAAGUCUUGGAGGAUCAGGAUGACGAAGGAGCACGGAGAGCAGCAGAAGCUGGAGAAAAGAGAAAAGCGGGCUGUUCCCCAGAUGCCGGAUGGAGGCACCACUUUUGUCCACGCCGAGUCACCGGAAUGUGGGGCCCACGGAUUAUCUUAUCGCGCGCCUGAUUUGCUGUGCGGCAAAAGCCUUAGCCCUCGCACGCGGAGGCCGUCGAUCUGGAGUCAACUGGAGCCGGGUUGA